GGGAUGGUUUGGGGCGGAGGGGAGUGGAGUGGGACAGGUAUAAAAAGGAACCACAGGGCCUGGGGAAGAGGCCCUGUCUAGGUGGCAGGCGUGGGAAGAGGCUGCACCCACCCUACCGCUCUCCUGAAGCCAGCAUGGGGCUGAGGGUGGCUGGAACAGGCUUUGCGGUCCUGGCCCUGGCGCUGCUCCAGUGCUGCUCUGCAUACAAACUGGUCUGCUACUACACCAGCUGGUCCCAGUACCGGGAAGGUGAUGGGAGCUGCUUCCCAGAUGCCAUCGACCAUUCCCUCUGCACCCACGUCAUCUACAGCUUUGCCAACAUAAGCAACAAUCAGAUCGACACCUGGGAGUGGAAUGAUGUGACUCUCUAUGACACGUUGAACGCACUCAAGAACAGAAACCCCAACCUGAAGACCCUCCUGUCUGUUGGGGGAUGGAACUUUGGCUCUCAAAGAUUUUCCAAAAUAGCCUCCAACACCCAGAGUCGCAGAACUUUCAUCAAGUCGGUGCCACCAUUCCUGCGGGCUCAUGGCUUUGAUGGGCUGGACUUAGCCUGGCUCUACCCUGGACGGAGAGACAAGCGGUAUUUCACCGCCCUGAUCAAGGAAAUGAAGGCCGAAUUUGCAAAGGAAGCUCAGCCAGGGAAAAAGCAGCUCCUGCUCAGCGCAGCAGUGUCCUCGGGGAAGGUCACCAUUGACAGUGGCUACGACAUCCCCCAGAUAUCGCAACACCUGGAUUUCAUCAGCCUCCUGACCUAUGAUUUUCAUGGAGUCUGGCGCCGGACCACGGGCCAUCACAGCCCUCUGUUCCGAGGCCAGCAGGAUGCCAGUCCUGACAGAUUCAGCAAUGCUGACUAUGCUGUGGGGUACCUGUUGAGGCUGGGGGCUCCUGCCAGUAAGCUAGUAAUGGGCAUCCCCACCUUCGGGAAGAGCUUCACUCUGGCCUCUUCUGAGACGGGUGUCGGAGCCCCAAUCUCGGGGCCGGGAAUACCAGGCCAAUACACCAAGGAGGCGGGGACCCUCGCCUACUAUGAGAUCUGUGACUUCCUCCACGGAGCCACGGUCCGUAGAAUCCUCGGCCAGCAGGUCCCGUAUGCCACCAAGGGCAACCAGUGGGUGGGAUAUGAUGACCAGGAGAGCGUCAAAAGCAAGGUGCGGUACCUGAAGGACAGGCAGCUGGCGGGCGCCAUGGUGUGGGCCCUGGACCUGGAUGACUUCCGCGGCUCCUUCUGCGGCCAGAAUCUGCGCUUCCCUCUUACCAAUGCCAUCAAGGAUGCGCUCGCUGCCACUUAGCCCUCUGUCCUGCACACAGUGGGGCCAGCUGGCCCAGAGCCUGGUCACCUGCCCUGCUGAGUCCCCGGCUGAGCUUCAGUCCCCCUCCCUUGGGACCUGUGCAGAGGACCACAGCCCUGAGAUUGAGCUCGGCCCUAGUGGACAGGGAGUGGGGUGGGGCUGUGGGGACUGAGGGCCUGGGGACCAGCACAGUGUGAGACACAGGAUCGGCACACGCCUGCUGAUAGAUGGAAAUGCUCACAGACCCCAAGCCCAGCACAAGGGAAUCUCUGCAACUCCCUUUCCCCCAGUUGUCCGUAUCAAAGGACACCAUUUUGGCAAGCUCUACAGCCAAGUAGCCAGACAUCCUACAAGACACAGCGACCAUACUAAUUAUACCCUCUGCAAAGCCCAACUUGAAACCUUUACUUAGGAACCUAAUCGUGUCUCCUAUCCCACUUCCCUCGCCCAAUUCCACAGCUGCUCAAUAAAGCACGAGAGCUUACCCGUG